AGUAUUAUUGAAACUGAUACUAAUUAUUAUUUUAUGUCUAUACCAAAAUAAAGGUUUAUACAUAAAACUUUUUUGUUGCUUUAUUGUUAGUCACAGCUACAGGAAAAAAUUCAUCCGCCCUUACUGGUGUCGAUGCAAAAGCAAUAUGUCUGGUUUUCCUAAUCAAAGCGAGUAUUCCUGGCAAGCUCAAAACAAUAGUGGCCAGUUUAACAAUUCAAAUGCCUUCGGAGACUCUCAAACUCUAGACUUUCAGAAUUUUACAGAUGACCAACAAAACUAUUCAUUUGAUCAAGGGCAAACCAUUCCUGUCAACAACAACCAAUACUACAAUCCAAGUUUAUUCACACCAGCACCAAUACCAGGAGACCAGCCAACAGUAGCAUCAGAGUUUGAUGAACCACCACUCCUAGAUGAAUUAGAAAUUUACCCAGACAGAAUAUUAGAGAAAACUUUAGCUGUACUCAAUCCAUUUCAUGGGCAAUCUAAGGCAGAUGAUGCAAAUUUUUUACUAAGAGAUACAGAUAUAGCUGGCCCCAUUGCAUUUUGUCUAGCGCUAGCUGUAUGUCUGUUCCUGUCUGGAAAUAAAGCUCAUUUUGGUUAUGUUUAUGGCUUAUCGGUUAUGUCAGUUAUUUUAAUGUACUUCUUACUAUCUUUAAUGAGCCAUACAGAAGGUGUUUUUACUUUAUUAAGUGUAGCCAGUGUAUUAGGGUAUUGUAUGCUGCCAAUGGUUGUGUUGGCGUGUUUGGGUAUUUUCUUAUCUCUUGAAGGUACGAUAGGUCUCAGUGUGUCUGGUGCAGCGGUGAUUUGGUCUGCACUCUCAGCAAGUCGCCUUUUUGUGACUAUGUCAGGUGAUUUUGAGCAAAGACCUCUCAUUGCAUACCCAUGUGCAUUAGUCAAUGGUGUAUUUGCACUUCUUGUCUUAUUUUAACUGACUAUUAAAAGCAUUGUAACCUUCUUGUUUUGUAAACUUGAGGGCACAAAAGUGGAAACUUGAGUUCACUUCUCUGUGGGCUCAUGGUCUAAGGAGGUUAACUGACUUAUGUUUAAUCAAUUCUUUUGUAUAACAUAUAUUUUUAUACAUUUAAUGUUGUUACCUGAAACACUUCAUAUUGUGUAAUCCCUGUUGUAACCAAUUAUAGGGUUUAAAUAAAUAAAAUUUGUUUCAUUGGGGACAUUGCAAAAGCCAAUUUAAAUAAAUAUUUUUUUCAAUCAUUGUUCUUAACCUAAAAAAAUCUGUCUACUUGAUGUGAAAAUUGACUCCAAAAAUAUUUUUCAUAAAGAACUGAAUAUCUUUUUACAUUUUUGUAGACUUGAUUGAAAAAUAUUGGUUCACCAAUACACCCAAAUAAAAGCUUAAAAAUGAGUUAAUAAAUUCUAUCAUCUAACACAA